GUGUAGUGAGGUUUUGAGAAUUGGAGAGUGAAGGUGGUGAUGGGUGGUAACAUUUCAGAAGCAAAAUGGUUGACAGUGAGCAUAACCUUGAUAUUCGCUGCUAUUUCCAUCUCUGCAUACAUAUUCAAGAGAAAAUCGAAUGCUUUGAACUCCAAAAUUCAUGAGCUUGAGGCAUCUCUCAAGUCUUCAUUGGACAAAUGCGCCUCUGAGAGGCAAGGCCGAAUUAGGGCUCAACAGGCCUUGAGAAAAGAACUAACGCAACCUAAAUCUGAAAAUGUAAAGCUAACUUAUUAUCCCAUGACCCCCAUUGGUAUCAUCCAGUCAUGCUUUUCUACCAGGAACGGGACGCCAAGGCAACCAUUACUUGUACCACUUGCCAGAGCAUGUUUGGUUUUUAAUACAACUCGUGUUCCGCCAGCAUCUCUUGAGGGUCUAGCGGAAUAUUCUCAUAUUUGGGUUCUAUAUGUAUUUCAUUUAAAUACAGAUCUUGAGAAGCUAUGGAAGCAACCAUCUAACUCAAAGUUCAAGGCAAAGGUGAGGGUUCCAAGACUGAAAGGUGGAAGAAUGGGAGUUUUUGCCACACGAUCCCCACAUCGUCCAUGCCCCAUUGGACUUACAGUUGCAAAGGUAGAGGCUGUAGAGGGAAAUAUGAUUUUACUCUCUGGUGUGGACCUGGUUGAUGGAACUCCAGUGCUUGAUGUCAAGCCUUAUUUACCAUAUUGUGACAGCAUCCCAGAAGCUGCAGUGCCAAAUUGGUUGAUGGAGGAUAACUUACUUUCAGUAGCUUCCGUUAGUUUUUCGGAGGACUUCACUUCAACACUCAAAAGUUGCUGGAUGAUGGCAGGAAAGAAAACACUCUACGCAUCACCUGUUGAGUUCCAAAGCUUGAUAAAGCAGGUCCUUUCUUGGGAUAUUAGGUCAUUGAGUCAACGAAAUCGGCCUCGUGAUGCUCUCUUGAAGAAAGAAAACGAUGAACUAUUGGGUAAUACUUCUGAUGUAGAUGAGCACCAAGAUGAAACAACUUUUGUCCAUGAAAGAGAGCAGAAUCCUCUAAAUUCUAAGGAAGUAAUUUAUCACCUGAUUUUGGAGGGACUCGAUGUCUCCUAUAGAAUUGAUCACGAUGGUAAUGUUAAUGUAGAAAAGGUGUCAACUUCUGCUGUCUUGGACAAUAAGCUUAAUUCUUGCAAUUACUUGACAUGGAAAGACAAGCUGCAGUGAUGUCUUUAUUGUACCUGAUAAAUUUUU